AUGACGAGCCACUCGAACGGCAGCGAGCUUGCAAGAUCUAGCUGUCGGCAUAAGCAUAUCUGGGUCAUAACAGGGCCGGCUGGUUGUGGCAAGACGUCAGUAGCAGAGUUCCUGCACUCCACAUACUCGUUACCAUAUCUGGAAGGCGACACGUUCCACACUCCAGAAAAUGUAGAGAAGAUGGCCAACGGACACCCGCUCACGGAUGCUGACCGAUGGGACUGGCUCGUACUCCUGCGAGAAGAAGCCAUCAAGGCAUUGAAGACUUCGGAUGGAGUCAUUGUGACAUGCAGUGCUUUGAAGCGCAAGUACAGAGAUGUUAUGCGAAUUGCAACCUACCACCAUCCGGAGAUCAGAGUGCACUUCGUGUUUCUGAAGGCAUCCGAGGCCGUUCUCAUGGAUCGUGUCCGUGCGAGGCAGAAUCACUACAUGAAGGACUAUAUGGUUCGCAGCCAAUUCGAAAGCCUUGAAACACCGACUGAAGAGGAAUUUGACGUUCUAGCUGUGGAUGCCAGCGGGACAUCGAAGGAGGUACAGGACUUGGCUCUGGCGACUGUCGAGCAGGAGAUGAAGGCUGAUGCAUAA